CAUAAUAAGGAAUAAUUGAUUGUGGCUAUUGACCCACUACAGAUAGGUAACAUCUUGACUUGUGCAGGCCUUAACAAAGAUUUUACAUCAAAGUACAAAACUUUACAAUGGAAUGGACCGUUAAACGGGAGACGUAUUUUUCUGAGACUAAAUAUUUGGUGAAAAUAUUGCCCUCUCUGUGAAGAAACUUGAUGAAAAAUAUUUUGAAAAUGUUAUUUUAAUAAAGUGGACCUUGUAAAAUGUAAGAAAAUGAGCGUUAUGAUGCAAACCAGAAAACAUGGAAACUCCAAAUAAAGCUGUGAUUUAUAUUCUGAUAGGAUGUAUCAUCCUGAUUCACAAAGUGUCAAGAUGCAACGAGGCAUCACAGUGUGCUGGAAGUGAGAUAAGCCUGGAUUGUUCCAGUUCCGAUUGGUUGAUUCAAGUGGACUACGAGGUUUAUGGAUAUGACCACACCCAAGACUGUGUAGUGUCGGCUGACACCUGUACGGGAACAGAAUUUCUAGAUCCACCCAGCGUUAUGCAUUGUAAUGGCAAAGCUUCCUGUACCUUCAUGGUGCCAACAAAUGAGUACUUGUCUGUGUGCCAGAAAAAUGCAACCUCACUCAAAAUUGUUUAUCAGUGUGUGCCAAAGUCCUACAGUUUUGACCUAUGUUCCGAUUUUUUGGAGCAGCACAAAUCCACUAUCUACUUGACCUCCCCCAAAUACCCAGCCCCUAAAAUGUCCCCCAUGAAAUGUUCCUGUGAAAUCAAAGGCCAAAACAUUAGUGUCUUCACCCUGGAACAGACCAAGGCUUUCUUAAGUCCAGUGGUCUACAUCCUGACCAAUGAGUCCACCACCAAACACAUCACAAAAAUGAGCAUCAUCAACAGGCCGGAGUUCUCCGACAUCUCUAGCUUAGAGGUUCUACUACACAACAAAUAUCCCGAGCAAGAGUUCAGACUGUGGCUUAAGAUAACUGGCACUGAUAUGUUCAUCAAAUGUGGUUCCCCUGUUAUAAUAUCAGUAAUCAGCAGCACCCAGAUUGCCACCUCAACUCAUCUCAGUUACCUCCCUUCAACUCAUCUCAGUUACCUCCCUUCAAGCAGUUUCAAAGCUUCGCCACUGGGACUUCUGAGUUCUUAUGACAUUAAUGUGACUGCUCUUCCCAGCAUCACCUUAAACUCCAACACAAAUCCUGUGAUAUCGGAGGAGAGUUAUCUCUCUUUGCCAACAAUUUCUACUACAACAAUUUCACCUACUGCUUCAUUGACAACAUUUUCUACAGUUCCAACUACAGAUUCCUCCUCCAUAUUCUCUUCCGUGUCCACCACACGGACAAGUACCCAGAGAAUUAGCCAAUCAGAUGAGGUCAUUCUAAUUGCAGUGAUUGCCACUAUCUGUGGCCUCUUUCUCAUCAUAUUCAUCAUUGCCACCAUUCUUAUUUGCAGAAAGAAGAACGAGGAAGUAUCUGAAUCUGGAGACCACAUUCACCGACCCAGCAGGAAUGUUAUAGAUGCUUAUGAACAAAAUGAUUUCACUGUUGAACUUUAACUGUGCUAAAAAGUUACUAUUAAAAUACUGUAAACUUUGUACUAUUCAUUCACAAUAAAAUCUAGAAUUUUU